AAUUGAAGGUCGUAUUAGCAGACGACGAGAAGUUAAAAUGCAAACAACUGUUGGAAGGUCGAGUGUAAUAUACUUUAUUGGAAACAGGAAGUUACUGGAGAACUGAUACAUUAUGACUGUGUUAGUUUCGAAUAGAAAUGUUCUAGCAAACGACAUUACAGAGUGCAAGGAUACGGACGAAAGGAACGGAGUCCAAAGUCGCAGUGUGUUACGUAAUGCUGUAGUUGCAGGCGGAGCGCCAACUCCGAAUAAAUCGCACGAAGUACCAGCGCUGUUUUGUUGUGUUUGCUACACAGUGCAGUGAAGAAAAUGUGCAUAAAUUGGAAUAACAUGGAAUUAGUUACUAACGUUGUGCGGCAUAAAACAAGCUUGGAGUUCUUGUCGUAACAACGUCGCUUGUUUUGUUGUGAAAUUAAUAUGUUGUGGUAAAAAAGUCUGUGAUAGAAGCUAUCGUGUAAUAACCGUGGUUAUAUUUGUGAGUAGGGGAUAACAGUUUGGAAGUAUAGGAUUCACCAAAUGAGAAAAGUUCGCUGAUUAACUUCGUGUCGCUCGGUGCAGCGGUGAACAGUGCAGUUUAAUGAACAGUUAUGAACUCCAAGUAUCUGAUCAAUAAUUUGGGCCAUAUGAAACUUAUGCACUAUGCUUAUGUGUUUCCAUCAGUGUGUACACGUGUCAGACCAAUAGCUGGAGACUUCCGGUAUUUAAUAUUAUGAUGAAGUAACGUAGUGCAGAACUUCUUACUAACUUAUACUCCAUGUUUUGCAGUUGAUGUAAUACUUUUCUGUGAAGGCCAUUAUGGAAUUGGAAAGUAAACAAUAGUAAGUCUGAAGACAGUAUGAAGGUUGUAGAAAAAGCAGAAGAGGAAUCAUUGACAGGUGUGGUAAAUGGGCAUGAUGAAAUUGCCACCAACAAUUCUGUAUCCAAUGGACGCAGUAUUUUGACCACAAACGGCCAUGAAGAGGAUCCCAGUUCCAAUGAAUUGGGUAGUGAUUAUGCAACUGACAGUGGUGAUGCAUCAUCAGUGUCCAAAAGUCAGGAGAGUAACAGUUCAGGUGUGAGUAGUGUAAUCAGUGGUCACAAUGGGUCUGAGGAGAACAUUGUGGAAAAAGGUGAGGUGGAAGCCACCAAAGAGAAAGAGAAAGAGGACAAGAAGGAUGACCAGGAGAUAGUGUUAAUACAGGAUUUGGGGUUUACAGUUAAAAUCAUGAGUCCUGGUACUGAACAAUUUGACAUACAAGUUUCAAGCAUGGAAUUAGUCCAAGAAAUUCACCAGCUCUUAAUGGACCGAGAAGAUACCUGUCAUCGAACCUGCUUCUCACUACAGCUUGAUGGAAAUACACUUGAUAACUUUGCAGAAUUAAAAAACAUUAAAGGAUUGAAGGAAGGAUCUGUUAUUAAGGUUGUAGAAGAACCAUACACCAUGAGGGAGGCAAGGAUCCAUGUCAGACAUGUUCGUGAUUUAUUGAAAUCCCUUGAUCCAGCAGAUGCAUACAAUGGAGUAGACUGCAGUUCAUUGUCCUUCCUCAAUGUCAUUACACAAGGUGAUAUACUAGAGAAAAAGAAGAGUCGACCUGAAAGUGUAGACUGCACACCUCCGGAUUACAUAAUGCCAGGAAGUAAAGAGAGGCCACUGAUGCCUUUGCAGCCUCAAGUGAAAGAACAGAAGGGUCCACAGACAGUGAAGGUGUUAACAACAUCUGGAUGGAAUCCACCACCUGGUUUUCGCAAGAUGCAUGGCGAUCUUAUGUACCUAUAUCUGGUUACUCUAGAAGAGAAACAUUAUCACAUCACUGCCUGUGCACGUGGAUUUUUUGUGAAUCAGUCUUCUGAAGAGGACUUCAAUCCAAAACCUGCCACACCAAGUCAUUUAUGUCACUCUUUGAUUGAGUUAUUGAAUCAAAUCAGCCCUGCAUUCAAGCGAAACUUCUCCAUACUUCAGAAGAAGAGGACACAGCGACACCCAUUUGAAAGGGUAGCCACACCAUAUCAGCUGUAUUCAUGGACUGCUCCACAAAUGGAACACACAAUUGAUGCAAUUAGAGCAGAAGACACAUUCUCAUCAAAGCUUGGCUAUGAAGAACACAUACCUGGUCAAACACGAGACUGGAAUGAAGAAUUACAGACCACUCGUGAACUGCCAAGAAAAAAUCUUCCAGAAAGGUUACUCAGGGAAAGAGCUAUAUUUAAGGUCCAUAGUGAUUUUGUUGCGGCAGCAACUAGAGGGGCUAUGGCAGUAAUAGAUGGAAAUGUUAUGGCAAUCAAUCCUGGAGAGGAGGCUAAGAUGCAGAUGUUUAUUUGGAACAACAUUUUCUUCAGCUUGGGUUUUGAUGUACGAGACCAUUACAAAGAACUUGGUGGAGAUGCUGCAGCAUUUAUUGCUCCACGCAAUGAUCUUCAGGGAGUGCGGGUAUAUAGUGCAGUGGACCUGCAAGGUCUGUACACUUUAGGUACAGUCGUUAUUGAUUACCGAGGCUAUCGUGUCACAGCACAGUCCAUUAUACCAGGCAUCUUGGAACGAGAACAGGAACAGUCUGUUGUCUAUGGAUCUAUAGACUUUGGAAAGACUGUCAUUUCGCAUCCUAAGUACCUUGAACUGCUGAAUAAAGCAGGUCAGCAAUUGAAGAUUCUUCCUCACAAAGUAUACAAUGAUAAAAAGGAAAUAAUUGAAUUGUGUUCAUCAGUUGAGUGCAAGGGUAUCAUUGGCAAUGAUGGCCGUCACUAUAUCUUGGAUCUUCUCCGCACAUUCCCACCUGAUGUAAACUUCUUGAAAUUGGAAGGUGAGGAACUUAGUAUAGAAGUACAGGCAAUGGGCUUUCCUAUUGAGCACAAACACAAACUUUGCUGUUUGCGCCAGGAGUUGAUAGACUCCUUUGUUGAGGCUCGCUAUAUGAUGUUUAUCAAGUAUGCUGCUUUCCAUUUGCAACAGCUGGGCGUGAAGAAACAAAGGGAAAGAGAAGCACGGAACAGCCAAGACCGAGAAAUUACUCAGAAGACAGAAAAGGAAUAUAAGAACAAAGAUAAGGAAACUGAAAAUAGCAAGAAAGGAAAACAUGAUACUGACAAGUCAAACAGCGAUUCUACAAAAGAUAAUUCAACAAAUGAAAAUCAGAUGGGUGCAGAUGAGGCAAAGAAGAUUGUAGAAAGCAUUACCGAUUCCAUUACGAAUGGGGAGAAACAAGAAUUGGAGGAGAGUACAAAGGAUAUAGUAAAGAAGGCUGCAAUUGCAGUGGGGUCACUUAAGGAGACAGAAUUUGAUGUAAGAUUCAAUCCAGAUGUGUAUUCUCCUGGAGUUCAGCAUGUGGAUACAGAUGGUGAACAGCUCCAGAAACAGCGUCAGCUUGUGAAAGAUGCUGCAGACUUCCUGCUUACAGUUCAAAUUCCAGCAUUUGUGCGGGACUGUUUGGAUCACUCUGCUGCUCCAAUGGAUGGGGCAACACUUUCUGAAGCAUUGCACAACAGAGGUGUCAAUAUUCGUUAUCUGGGCAAGAUUGCAGAUUCAUUAUCCAAGAUUAAGCAGUUGGAAUAUCUGUACAAUAUUGCAGUAGCAGAACUUCUCAUGAGAACCGUGAAACAUGUCUUCACUGUUUAUAUGCAAAGUACAGAACUGAUGAGCCUAUCUGCUGCUGUGAGCCACUUCCUGAACUGUUUUCUGUCAUCAUACCCAGUGCCUCAUCCACAUCAAGUUGCUGAUGAGCUUCAAAGUAAAACAUCAAAGCGCCGUAGCAAACGUAAGGGCCGGACAAAUCCUCUCUUGAAGGAUGCUGACAGUAUGGAAUGGGCAAACCUUACUCCCAAAUCACUUUGGACUCAAAUAAAGGUAGAACUGAAGAGCUAUUAUGACUGGGAUCUUCAAGCUGAUUGUCUUGAAUCCAUGGUUGAACAGUUUUCUCUGCAGAAGAUUUCUUUGCUCAGAUCAUUUUGCAUCAAGACUGGAGUUCAGAUUCUGCUAAGAGAAUACUCAUUUGACUCCAAAAACAGACUCACAUUCUUUGAGGAAGACAUAAUCAAUAUCUUCCCUGUGGUGAAGCAUAUCAAUCCUAGGGCAACUGAUGCUUACAACUUCUACACCACUGGGCAGAACAAGAUUCAGCAGGGGUAUCUAAAGGAGGGCUAUGAACUGAUUAGUGAGGCUCUCAACUUAUUGAACAAUGUGUAUGGUGCAAUGCAUCCAGAGAUUGCACAGUGCCUGAGAAUGUUAGCACGGUUGAACUACAUCAUGGGUGAGCAUGCCGAGGCAAUGGCAUAUCAGCAGAAAGCUGUUCUAAUGUCUGAACGAGUGAAUGGAAUUGACCAUCCUUAUACCAUCACUGAAUAUACACAUCUAGCACUGUAUUGCUUUGCCAACAAUCAAGUUAGUACAGCUCUCAAGCUGUUAUAUCGAGCACGGUACCUUGCACUUAUGGUCUGUGGAGAGAAUCAUCCAGAAAUAGCAUUGCUUGAUAGCAACAUCAGUUUGAUUCUUCAUGCAGUUGGAGAGUAUGAACUUUCCUUACGUUUCCUAGAAAAGGCACUAGCAUUGAAUAUUUGCUACUAUGGUGCUAAAUCUUUGAAGGUGGCUGUUAGUUUUCACCUUGUGGCAAGGACGCAGAGCUGCAUGGGUGACUUCCGUUCAGCUCUCAAUAAUGAGAAGGAGACGUAUGCUAUUUACAAGCAACAGCUUGGUGAAUCUCAUGAGAAGACACGUGAGUCAUCGGACUGUUUGCGCCAUCUAACAUCACAAGCUGUAGUCCUGCAGAAGAAAAUGAAUGAAAUAUACACUGGGAAAUCAAACACGGCUCUGCCUCCUAUUCAGAUACAACCUCCAUCGAUGGGGAGUGUCCUUGACAUGCUGAAUGUGAUAAAUGGCAUUCUUUUUGUUCAGAUAAGCCAACAAGACAUUGAGAAUUUCAAAGCAGAAAUAGAAAGAAGGCAGUUGAAGGAUGCAUCUCCAGCCUUGUCAGAAGAAAAGACUGAUAGUGAGUUAGCUGCCAUUAGUGAAACAAAGCAACUCACUGAGCAGUCCAGUUGAAUAUUUGAAGAUUUGGUGUGCUAGUACAUGACAGUGUUUGCAUGGAAUUGUAGGGGUCCAAUAGGCUGUCAAAUAUCUGGAGUGUGUUGUUGAAUGAAAUGUGCAUGUGCGGGCAUGUGUGCGUGUUUGUGUGUAUAUAAGAACAUGCAUACAAGAACUAAAAGUAUCACUACAAGCAACUUGCAUUUUUAAGAGGUUUUAUUUUAUAGGCUGCCUCAAUUUUUGCUGUGGGUUUUCUGACAGUCAGAAUAGACUGUGUUUGUUAGAUUAUGUAAAACAACAUAGUGUAUUAUUAUUAUAAUAAUACAAUGUCUCAGUUUUUUUGAGCCUUUUAUAUUUUUUUGGGACUUUAUAGAUUUUGUUAGCCACUCUUCUUUUCAAUGGUGCAUGCCUAAAUGCCUGGACCAAACUAGGCGUAUAUGAGUAACUUUUUAUUCUGGCUGCUGUGUAAAAAUUUAUGUGAUAAAUUAUAUGAAACUGGGAAAAACAGGGGCAGUCAAGCUGAUUGAGACCCUUUACUGCUGAUUGAGAUGCCUCAAAAAUGCAUUGAGCAUAGAAAUGUUAUAGUAUUUGAAAGAGUAACAAAAAUUAUGGCAUUAUAUAUCUUCAUAUAUGUGGCAAAAUUGUGUUUAUUUGCCAUGUCAUUAAGUGCAAAUCAUACUCUUGUGUGAUAUGAUACUUUUCACAUCAAGGUGUUUAUAGGAGUUGCUGUUACAUUGGAAAUUGCUAGAAAAAAUGAUAGUUUAUCUAUGACAAUGGGCAAAGUAAUUGAAAAAUACAGUAUUUGUUAGUUUGAAUAUAAAAUUUCUAUCUGAAACCCAGCAUUGUUAUGUGUGAAUGAAUUAUUAUUAGGUAUAUUUGUUGCAUUCAUCAUAACACUCAUCACACUUGAUGAAGAAAUAAAAAGGUUUUUAUUCCUUUUCCCUUGUUGUUGCUUUGGUUAAGAUAACUUUCCAUAAUUCUCUUAGGGCAGUUUUCUUUGUUGGCUUUGAGAAACUAUUAAAUGAUGGGUUUUCAUUUAAUAUUUCUAAGUCUUGUAAGCCAAAGAGGUGUCUCAUUACAUAUACAUUGAAGUCAGGUUGUUCUUCCUAAAUGAAUUAUGCAAAUCUAGUAUGUAUUAGGCUAGUGAAUAGGUAAAAAUUGAUUUAAUUAAUGUUUCUCUUAGUAGACUGUAGAUUUACAAUUGCUAAAAGAAUCUAGUUUUAUAGUUCUUUUGAAUAUUUCUUAGUGUUUGAAGUUUUGACAUCAGUAUAGUAUUUUUGUAAGUGCAGUAGAACUGUAUUUUUCUGUUGAAUAGAAUGGACUGAAUCCAUUUAGUCGACAUUCCAUCAAUAGUCAAAACAUGGACACAUACACAUAUAAAAUUUAAUAUAGAAUAAGCUGUAUCCACAUAGGAAAUAUCAUAACUUUAAAUUACAAACAAAAUUUGCAUGUUAUCCUGUUCUGUUGCUUAAUCACAAAGUUUUGUGCCAUGUAACAGUGUUGUAAUAAAGUCAGCUUUAAGGUUCAGAUAUAUCUGGGUUAUGGAGAUAUUGAAGUUCUGUCAACAUAAUGAUGGUACACAUAGUGUGACAGUUCCUAGUUACUGUGUGAGGUGAUGUGAAGGCGAAUAAGUUGCUAUCUUACAAUAUAUACACGGUGAAGAAGUACUGUAGAUCUUCGCUGAACAAUAUUUAUUAAUGAGAUACAUGAAUUCUGCAGCUUGGAUGAAAGGAAUCUAUAGCACACAUUUUUGUGCAGCCCCUACAUGAUCAAUAGUUUCAAACUCGAGGCACAAAAUGGAUCUAGAAAUGCAUUUUUAAUUCAUCUUGAUGUACUAUUCUUCUAAGUUUUCUUGUAACCAUACUUUUAUAUUAUAGUACAAGUCUGCAGCUGAAAUAUUAGUUGCUAAUGAAUUCAGUUAUAGACUAUUUUUGGAUGUCGUAUAAUUGUAAUUUAAUUUAGGGAAAUGUUAAUGCCAUUGUGGUUAUUAGUGUUGGAUCCAAGUGAAACAUAGCUGUGUGGUAGUGAUUAUAGAUAAUAUAGUGCAAAGGUGGAAUACAAUUAUUAUGUAGUAAUCAUAUUGGUUACAAAAGCCAGUUGUUCUACAUAUAUGUAACAAUUGGGUAUGGAAAAACUUUCUACUGUGAGGUUCCUCUCUGCCUACAAUGGAAGUACUAUAAAAAUUUGCAAUUGUAGACAGUUUUGAAGUCAUUAAAACAUAUGUUUGAAAUGCUGGUUGCCAGGUGUCUGGUUUAAACAGAUCUGAAUGUCUGUUUAUAAAAAUGAAUGCUAAAAUUUCAUUUGGCAUACCUCAUGUUCUGUUAAAACAUUAAUCUAAUCUACACACUGCAAGAAAUUCACUUUAGUGUAAGUUAUCAGAUGAGGUUGAUAUACAGUGCUAUCUAAUUUAAAACACUGUGUGAAUGUAAAUACAUGCCAGUGUAUUUAUAGCAAUAUUAAAAUGGCUUCUCAUUGUUUUGUCUAUAAGAAUAUGAAAACGUGUUUGAACUAAGCAGCCAGAAGGAUUAGCUCCAAUUUGUUUGUAGUAUUAUAGUAGAAAUAUUUCUUCAUCAUGUGCAUGCAGGGGUAUCUAUUGAAAGAAUAUAAUAUUGUGGUGUGAUUGGUUCAAGGAGUAUUUCUUCUUCUUUCUUGAUUGCAUCUUCUGAACAAGGCUGCCCAUGGUAUAACUUUCCAAGUUGCUCAAGGGAGUUUCAUUGUUGUUGCAGAGAAAUAGAUAUGUAAUUAUGCCUUGAAUGACUACGGAUGUUGUAUAUUCACUGUCCUUUAAGAAUCUUGUAUUAAACAUGCUGUAUUCAAUGAGAACACUGAUUUAUGACUACUCUGAAAAGAGAUGCUAUAUAGAUGAUAUAUAUGAAAAACAUUUGCUGGCAGAGUAACUAACACAUGCACAUGAAAGCUGAUGAGGUAGGACCUAAGAUGUAACCCUUUCUUGGCUAUGAACGAUAUUGAUUGUUCAGAUAAACGAGUUACGUCUGCUCUGAAAUACUUUGUUUAGUUACAUUAGUAAAAGAAAAUUCUGCUGCAGUCUCUUGACAAUAGAAGCUCUAUGUGGCUUUCAUCAAUGAAAAUCAUAAACCAUCUUGAAAUAUACACACCAAUGAACACAUUUAUUUUAUAACAUAAAUUUGGCAUGUGAGAUGAACACUAACAAUUUUGAGAAUAUGGAAUUUAUUGGGUAGAAAGACAGAAGUGAGUUUCGAUUAACUGUCGAUAAAAAGAAUUCAGGUUAUUUUCCAUCGUUAUAUGUUUUUUUGGUUUUUCCUUGUUUUUUAAGAGCUCUCUUAAAUCCUAAUCUUCUAUUUUCGUUUCCUCUCAUGUUCACUCUUAUGAAGAUUUUGAAAUAUAUAUGAACAAGUUCUAUAUAUAUUUCCUUAACACUAUUUUGAAUGUCUGAUUGCCUGUUUGUGAACUGGUAUCUAACUCAUUUUUUAUUCUUUUGUCCUUAUGAAGUGCAUAAUACAUUGACAUUAUUUGUAUGAUCAUUAGUUAAGAGACAUGUAAAGAAGAUUGUUAGCCAGAGUAGUGGUACACAGAUCAGAUAUUUUAUCCACUGUAAAUCUUUACAGUGAAAAUACUGUAGCAUUUCUCUCCAUAUUGAAAAGUGUCACGUAUGCAUGAAAUAUUUGGUGGUUUUUACAUUACUGUUUCUGUUGGCCCAUGCUCUAGAAAAUACUUUUCCACUUCUUAACCCAAAAGAUCGAGAUAUCUACCUUAUCAUGGGAAGUAAAGAUAUAAUUAUUGUUAAUUUUUACUUCAAAUGUGUACAUAAUUGACAAAGCAGAUGUCUGGCAACCUGUAUUAAACUUGCAUUUUUUAUAAUUCUGUUUUGAAUGCUUGUGUGAGGGGAUGCAUUAUGUCCUCAUUAUGGCUGUCUGUAGGUGUGAUAUGUGAAGUCUUUGAAUUAAUUUUUGUGACUAACAAUUCAUAUGGCCUUCAGUGAUUCUUCCUCAUGAUAUGGUUUUAACCCCACUAGAACAAGUUGCCAUAAAAUUGUCACUUUGAAUAAUGGUGCUACUGUCAUGCAUUACAUUUGGUGAAAGAGGGAAAAUGAGUAAGCAGUUAACAAAACAAAAGCUUAAUGUGUGAAUGAAGUUGUAACUGAGACGAAAGGAAAUUGAAACUAUGUUUAAAGUUUUUGAUGUUUCAAAGUUUUCAUUAAAUUGUUGAUAUUUCAAGUUAAUUUUUUCAGAUGGUAACUAAUAUGUUUUGUUAAACUAGUCACUCAUUGUUGCACUUGUUAAACAUUGUUAUAUCAUAAAGAAAGAUCUCUUGUGGCAUAUGUGGUACAUAUUUCAUUAACUUCAGCCUUUAUUAGAACAAACUGUCUGUUGGAAGCUGACUAUUUGAAAUAUUAUUAUUUACAUGCUGUACUAUGUUGUGUUUUUCUGGUGAUUCAGGUUAGAUGUGAUGAAUGAAUCUCAACAGCAGCAUCCACUGUGCUUACAUGGUCAUUUCUGUGUAGUUUCUUUUAGUAUUGUGGUGAAAGAUUAGAUAGAGAAACAUGGUAAGCUGAUGAAUUUGCAUCAUGUGAAGCCUAGACAGCACUGAUGCCAAUAUGGUUACCUUUGUUAGAGGUGAUGUCCACAGUUAAGAUACUUAAUGAAUAAAAAUACCAUGCUAGUUA